AUGGCGAACACCGGGGUCUUGCCGUUUGUGCGAGGUGUGGACUUCAGUAGCAACGACUUCGGCGAUGGCAGAUUUCCUGAGUCCGUGCGUCUUAUGACUGGUAUACAAUGGCUGAAAUUGGACAAAACAAAUUUGACAGAGAUUCCAGAGGAGAUGGGCAAAUUGUUGAAAUUGGAACAUCUAUCACUUGUCAAAAACAAACUGGAACGGUUGUACGGUGAAUUGACAGAAUUGGGAUGUCUCAGAACAUUAAACAUCAGGCAUAAUAACAUUAAAUCCAGUGGUAUUCCGGCAGAAUUGUUUCACUUAGAGGAAUUGACAACCUUAGAUUUAAGUCACAACAAUUUGAAGGAAGUACCUGAAGGCCUAGAGAGAGCACGUGCCUUGCUCAAUCUUAACUUAAGCCAUAAUCACAUUGAGACUAUACCAAACACAUUGUUCAUCCAUUUGACAGACUUAUUGUUCUUGGAUCUUAGUCACAAUAAGUUGGAAACUGUGCCACCACAGACUAGGCGUUUGGCCAACUUGCAGACUUUAAAUUUGAAUCAUAAUCCUUUGGGCCACUUUCAAUUAAGACAAUUACCAUCACUAAUGAAUUUAACUGCGCUGCAAAUGCGGAACACACAACGAACGUUGAAUAAUAUACCUUCUAGUCUAGAAACUUUAACCAAUUUACAGGAACUCGACCUGUCGCAGAAUAAUUUACCCCGAGUGCCUGACGCGCUUUAUUCCUUAUCGAAUUUACGUCGUUUGAAUCUUAGCAACAAUCAAAUAACGGAACUAUCAACGGCGAUCGAGCUAUGGACAAGAUUAGAGACUCUGAAUGUGUCUCGAAACAAAUUGAGUGCAAUACCAGCUUCUCUGUGCAAGAUUUCUACGUUAAGAAGAUUAUAUUUAAAUGAUAACGAAUUAGAUUUUGAGGGCAUACCAUCUGGGAUUGGCAAGUUAUCGUCGCUGCAAGUAUUCUCUGCUGCCAAUAAUCAUUUAGAAAUGAUACCAGAAGGGCUAUGCAGAUGCGGUGCAUUAAAACAAUUAAUAUUAACGUCCAAUCGGCUGAUCACUGUUCCCGACGCCAUUCACCUUCUCACUGACUUGGAACAGUUGGAUUUGAGGGACAAUCCGAAUUUAGUGAUGCCACCAAAACCGUUAGAAGUGCAAAGAGGAUCGGGAAUCGAAUUUUACAAUAUCGACUUCUCGUUGCAGCAUCAGCUUCGUCUCGCUGGUGCUAAUGUGCCAGUUCCAGUUCAAGCCGCUAAUAGCAAAGAUCCUAUCGCGCGUAAAAUGCGACUUCGGAGAAGAAGAGAUCAGGAGGAAGCUGAUCAAGAUCAGGCUAAGAUUCUUAAGGGAAUGAAGGAUAUAGCGAAAGAGAAGAACAAGGAUAAGGAAUGUGAGGAAUCGAAAGCAGAAUCGUUAAAACCCAAACGAUGGGACGAAGCCUUGGAGAAACCACCGCUGGAUUAUUCAGAGUUUUUCGACGAAGACGCUGGUCAGAUAUCUGGCCUAUCGAUCUGGGAGAUAGAGAAUUUCCUACCAAACGAGAUCGAGGAAGUGGCACACGGUAAAUUUUACGAGGGCGACUGUUACAUCAUCCUUAAAACUGGGAUAGAUGAGGGUGGAUCGUUGACCUGGGCGAUUUAUUUCUGGAUCGGAGAAAAGGCAACAUUGGACAAAAGAGCGUGCGCGGCGAUUCAUGCCGUGAAUUUGAGAAAUUAUUUAGGCGCACAAUGUCGGACGAUCAGGGAGGAGCAGGGAGACGAGUCGGAUGAGUUUCUGAUGCUGUUCGAUUCGGGUAUCACUUAUAUCGAAGGCGGUCGUACGUCGUCUGGUUUUUAUACAGUGGAGGAUACACCAGCGAUUACUCGUUUAUACAGAGUGCACGCAGCGGGAGCAUCUAUACAUUUGGAGCCGGUUCCAAUCUGCAUCGAGUCUCUGGAUCCCGGUUAUGUGUUCGUCCUUGAUACGGGGAAUACGAUAUACAUGUGGUAUGGGAAGAAAGCGAAGAGCACACUGAAGUCAAAGGCGCGAUUGAUGGCGGAGAAAAUUAACAAAAACGAACGGAAGAAUAAAGCCGAGAUCAUAACGGAAGUCAUGAAUGCAGAGUCUGAAGAUUUUCUGCUACGCCUGGGUCUCGAGGAGGAUGAGCAAAAAGAUCGGCACAUUAUUGAACACGUGAAUCCAAAUUUUAUGCCUCUUGUGCCCAGACUGUACCAAGUUCAACUUGGAAUGGGAUAUCUGGAACUACCUCAGGUCGAGGUUCCUCACAGCAAGUUAAUGAAUACUUUGCUAAAUAACCGCAAUGUAUAUAUAUUAGAUUGCUAUUUGGAUGUAUAUGUUUGGUUUGGAAAAAAGUCGACGAGAUUAGUACGUGCCGCUGCUGUGAAAUUAUCUCAAGAGUUAUUUAAUAUGAUAGAAAGGCCGGAAUAUGCAAUGAUAACAAGAUUGCAAGAAGGCACAGAGUCUCAGAUCUUCAAGUCUAAAUUCAUCGGAUGGGACGAAGUGAUCGCUGUAGAUUUCACUAGAACUGCUGAGUCGGUUGCCAAAACCGGAGCAGAUCUUACUAAAUGGGCUAAACAACAAGAAGCAAAGGCUGACUUGGCCGCUUUAUUUAUGCCGCGGCAACCAUUGAUGUCAGCGUCCGAAGCGCAUCAACUUAUGACAGAGUGGAAUGACGAUUUGGAAGGAAUGGAGGCAUUAGUGUUGGAAGGGAAGAAAUUUGUGCGGCUGCCGGAAGAAGAAUUGGGACAUUUUUACAGCGCGGAUUGUUAUGUAUUCUUAUGUCGCUACUGGAUGCCGUUAGAUGUAGCGGAGAACGAGGACGGCGACGAACAAUACGAGGAUGAUUAUCAAUGCACAGUAUACUUUUGGCAAGGCAGAGACGCAGGAAAUAUGGGUUGGCUGACUUUUACAUUCAGUCUGCAAAAGAAAUUCAAAUCGUUGUUUGGCGAAAAUCUGGAAGUUGUGAGGACACAUCAGCAACAGGAGAAUUUAAAGUUUAUGAGUUACUUCAAACGGAAAUUCAUCAUACACCAAGGCAAACGUAAGCAGCCGAAGGUUGCGGGUAGCAACAAAGUGGAGUUUUAUCAUCUACGAAGUAAUGGUAGUGCCUUAUGUACUCGUCUAAUUCAGAUACCGGCGGAUUCGACUUUACUGAAUUCUGCUUUCUGUUACCUCUUAAAUGUGCCAUUCAACAAUGACGACGGGACCGGUAUUGUAUACGCAUGGAUCGGUUCAAAAUCUGAUCCUGAAGACGCGCGUUUAAUUGGAGAAGUUGCGGAAGAGAUGUUCAACAACCCAUGGAUAAGUUUGCAAGUGCUGAAUGAAGGGGAAGAACCAGACAAUUUCUUCUGGGUGGCACUUGGAGGAAAGAAGCCAUAUGACACUGACGCGGAAUAUAUGAAUUAUACGAGAUUAUUCAGAUGUUCCAAUGAAAAGGGAUACUUCACGAUCAGCGAGAAAUGCACCGAUUUCUGUCAAGACGACUUGGCAGAUGACGAUAUUAUGAUCCUUGAUAAUGGAGAACAAGUGUUCCUCUGGUUAGGCACUCGUUGUUCCGAAGUGGAAAUCAAAUUGGCCUAUAAAUCGGCUCAGGUGUAUAUCCAACACUUGCGUGUGAAGCAACCCGAGAGGCCUCGUAAAUUAUUUUUGACUGCCAAAGGUAAGGAAUCUAGAAGAUUCACAAAAUGCUUUCACGGCUGGGGUUCACACAAAAGACCACCGCAGUAGGAACGAGUCAGUUAUUGCAUAUAUACGCUUAUUAUCAUACGAAGUAGUUUUAUACGCAGGCAGGACAAACGCAAACGCAACAUUCUUACCAUAGGUUUGUAAUGCAUCGCGAUCUUGUCUCUCUUUGUUACUUGCGCUUUAUAUAUCGGCAUUGAACAGAAAUCAAUCCAUCACAAUAAUCUCUGUGGAUUUUCAUGCAUUUUCGAAACAAUCAAUUACAGACUUGGAGGAAUAGAUUAAACGCUCUUAUAUAACGACUGACCCUGACACAUCAAAAGACAAAUGUACACGACUCCAAUAUCUCUAAUAUCUUCUACUUUUUCAGUUAAGAUAUUUUGACACGAGCUCGUCGUAUCAUUAAUAAUAUGGUGAGGAGUUUCCGAGCGAUAUAAUGAUGAACGUGAGCAUAUAUUUGAUACUUUUGGAUGUUCACAAAGACCUUGAACUCGGGCUAUGAGGACUCUGUGUUAAUGAUUCAAUUCAUUUAUUUCUGCUCCUAUUUUUAUUAUCGUCUAGAGUCCUACUUUUAGUUCUUUCUUAUAGUGAUACUUUUACUGGCGCUCGAGUUUUGGUUUCUGCUUUGUUUUACCACUUUUAUUCUUACUCCUUUGCUGUUGGACCUCGAUCAACUCGAGCUAAAUUGCUAGACAAUACAAUUGCUCAACCAAUUUUGCACAGUUCAUUGUUUCUUGAUCAUCAAAAGUAAUAUAUGUAUUCAUUGUGAGCCUGAGCCAAAAUAUUCUAACUGGAACUAAAAAUGGAAGGCAUUGUUGAAGUUGUGUGUGUGUGUAUAUAAGCUUAGAUGCUUUCUUUUCUGUUCCACAAACAGUUUUUUGCUCUUGCAGAAGCAUAGGAAAAAAGCGAUUGGAACAUAAAGGUAAAUAAAGAAGAGAGACAGAAUUUCUCAUUCUUCUUUCUCUUUACCAACUGGGUAGUCGGACAAGGGUAGCUACUGAUUCUCCAUUGUCUACUCUUGUUAUGGUAAAAAUACCGAUUGCCGGAUAUUGCCGAACCCUAUAUUCGAACAUAUAUAGAAACUUGUCAUUAUAAUCUCAAAUGUUUUUAUUUCUAUUACAAUAUUAACGCUUUAACUAGAUCAUUUGCAUUAAUUCAUGUAUGUAAUCGUGAGGCAUAACAAAGACGUGUUAACCCUGCAUUAUUACAAUCUGACAGUUGUCCAUACACAAAUCUAUUGCGAGUUAAUUACAAAAUUAUAUAGAAAGGUUAUUUUAUAUUAAACAUAUAGUUAAACUAAAAUCCAUAUAGAUUGUUGUAAUUACAGUAGAAGUGUUGUUACAGUAGAAUCGUGAUAAUUAAACAAUUUUAUUUGCAUGGUAAUAUAUUACUUAGAAAAAUGAAGUAAAUUUUGGCUCUGUGUCGUUAAUAUCCGGCUAUUGGGACGUUUGCCAUAAAUGCUGACUUCUCUGUUCUUACGGAAGCGUACAGAUUAUAUAUCAUUAAGAGUCUGAAUCGAUUGAAAUUAAAGAGGCGAUAAUUGCUCAGUAAAUAAUGUACAUUUAAUACAUAUAACUGAUGUCUUAGUUAUGUUCCAGAACUCAAUUUGAUGGGUAGAAUAGCAUUUAAUUGAGCAAUCAGAACAAAGAGAACCAAGAUUCUUUUUUUUAUGGUCUCCCCGUCGUAAUUUCAGCUUUCCUGAGGAUAUUUACGGCUAUUUGAUAUACACUAUUUUUUUUACUCCCUUAAUCUAAAAUAAAUAAUUAUGUUCCUUUAUUCUCUUUCUUUCUAUUCUUCCUGUAUCUGUACUUCUAUUUUCAUCAAAUAUUACAUAAUCUCCAGUUACAUUCAUUCAAUCAGUGCAGUGUCAGCUCGCUACAUCUCGGAAAGAACCCCAUUGAGAUUUCUUUAUCAUGAUUGAUUAAUUGAACGUUAUUCUACCCGCCGAGUAGCAUUUCAGAACGUAGCUCUUGAUGUCACGUUUGCGGUAGUUUGGAGUAUUAUAUUUAUCCGUUAUCUGAAUAAUUGGAUAUCCGGAUAGUGUUAGAUUCGAAUAAGCCUCGAAGCUCUACUGUCAAUACACUGUACAUCAAUAUACUGUUUAAUACACAUCGUGCUUGUGUUAGACAAACUCGAAUGAGAUUUUCUGUGAUGCGUUUUUCUACUGUAUUUUCAAAUUUACUGAAAGGGAGACUUGCUUGCUUGCUUGACAAUUAUAAUUCAUGUUCUGCGUACUUAACGAGACUUUAUUUAUUUAUGCACACGUUUUCGUAUUUAUGACUUUUCGUACCGAGACUAGACUGCGUACUUGUUUUUACCUCUUGCAUCUUUGCAAAGAUUCUUCGAAUAAUAUACGACUGUACAUUUUUGAAUUGUUCGAUAAAUUGUGAUACAAAUUUUUAUCGUGGAAUUAUAAUAUUAAUGAUAGUCUCCUUCUGUGAAAGUGACAAAGUUAUCGGCUGUAAGGGAGAUAGAUCUAUUAUACGAUUUAUGUAGUUCUAAAGAAAUUAAAAUAGACCUUCUUUA